CCACCAGAACCCUCUGGAUUUUCCACCUUGUCCUCACAUCUAUAAAAAAGAAUGACACGUUGCAAUGAAGCGGAAAGAAAAGGUUUUUUAAGAGUAGUCUUCAUGACUGCUGUGCAACAGGCAACUGGGCUGCAAACUCACUGAAGGCUCAUCGGCUUUGGAGGAACUGUUGCACAAAAUCCCGCUGCGAUGUCCCUGCUGUGUGUCCGAGUAAAGAAAGCAAAGCUACACGGUCCUCCAGACAAAUUCAACGCCUAUGUCACUUUAAAGGUGCAAAAUGUGAAGAGUACUACCAUCACAGUCCGAGGGGACCAGCCAUGUUGGGAGCAGGACUUCAUGUUUGAGAUCAAUCAUCUGGAGUCAGGUCUGGUGGUGGAGCUGUGGAAUAAAGGACUGAUCUGGGACACAAUGAUCGGCACAGCACUGAUACGGCUGCACACCAUUCGACAGUCUGACGAGGAGGGACCAGGGAAAUGGACAUCGCUUGACUCUGAAGUGUUAAUGCAGGAGGAUGAGAUCUGUGGAACUUCCAACCCAACUCCUCACCAAGUGCUGCUGGACACCCGAUUUGAGCUGCCCUUUGAUAUCCCAGAAGACGAAGCUCAGUACUGGACCAGUAAACUGGAUCGGAUCAAUACCAUGCGGAUACAUGACGAGUAUCCACUGCAAGACGAGGUCCAGAGAACACGAAUGGCUUCUGUUCCCUCUCAGUGCUCUUUGGAUGACCAUGACAGUGCAGUGGAUGACCGCGACAGUGACUACCGCAGUGAAACUGGCAACAGACCUCCACGGUUCCACAACACCUCCCAGACAAAUUCAUCAGUGCACCAGUACCCUAUAGGACGCAGGGUCCCACAUCACACCCUUUCCAGGGAGUCAGACUCUAUUCAAAACUAUGAGCUAGACUAUAGAGAAAUGAGGCAGCCCAGUCCACCGGACUGCAGUCGCUUUGAUUCAUCAGGCAACCUCAGCCCGGCCAGCUCCCAGCUCAGCUCUGAACCUGAGGAGCGGCGAGAUCCAGAGAACCCCCCCAGCACUCUGAGACCACCUCAGGAAAGCCAGAAGUCUUCCUGGAAUGAAGAAGAAAAUGAGGAAGAGUUUGAGAAAGAGCUGCAUCCGCUUCCAGAGCCUGGUUCCAACAAAGACUUGCAUGAAUCUUUGAUCAUUCUUCCUAAACCAAUCCUUGACAACCAGGAUAAGGCUAAAAUGUGUUUCUUUGAAGAUGGCCCUCCACCCUGCUCUCCAUCCAAAGUUCGCUGGCUGAAAGCGUACAACAAAGUCAGAGUACAGCUCCUUGAGAGCCGAGAUCAAGAUGGUGACCCCAACAAGCACGCAUGGGCCAAGCCAGGGGGAAACACACCGUUUGGCAUUGACAGCAUGCCAGACCUCCGCAAGAGGAGGCCCAUUCCCCUUGUUAGUGAAUUGGCUAUGUCUAUGAUACAAUCCAGGAAAGCUGGACUCGCCCACACACUGGCCACACGGACGUCCUUGAAAGACGAAGAGCUUAAAAACCAUGUGUACAAGAAGACCCUGCAGUCUUUGAUCUACCCCAUCUCCUGCACCACUCCACACAAUUUUGAGGUCUGGACGGCUACUACACCCACCUACUGCUACGAGUGUGAGGGUCUGCUGUGGGGCAUCGCCCGGCAGGGUAUGCGCUGUGCAGAGUGCGGGGUCAAAGUGCAUGAGAAGUGCCAAGAGCUGCUGAACGCCGACUGUCUGCAGAGGGCGGCCGAGAAGAGCUCCAAGACCGGGGCGGAGGACCGGACGCAGCACAUCAUCAUGGCCAUGAAGGACAGGAUGAAGAUCCGCGAGAGGAACAAACCGGAGAUCUUCGAUGAGAUCCGAAGCGUGUUCAAUAUCUCCAAAACGAUCCACGUCCAGCACAUGAAGAGCAUCAAGCAGAGCGUCCUGGACGGCACCUCCAAGUGGUCGGCCAAGAUCACCAUCAACAUCGUCAGUGCGCAGGGUCUCCAGGCCAAGGACAGAACAGGCUCCAGCGACCCGUAUGUCACCAUCCAAGUUGGAAAGACCAAGAAGAGAACAAAGACCAUCUACGGCAACCUGAACCCGGUCUGGGAGGAAAAAUACAGCUUCGAGUGCCACAACUCAUCAGACCGCGUCAAGCUGCGAGUUUGGGACGAAGACGAUGACAUCAAGUCACGAGUAAAGCAGCGCCUGAAGAGAGAGUCUGACGACUUCUUGGGCCAGAGCAUCAUCGAGGUCCGAACUCUGAGCGGAGAGAUGGACGUCUGGUACAACUUGGAAAAGCGAACAGACAAGUCGGCGGUGUCUGGUGCUAUUCGUCUUCAGAUCAGUGUGGAGAUCGAGGGAGAGGAGAAGGUGGCACCCUAUCACGUACAGUACACGUGCCUUCAUGAGAACAUGUUCCACUUCUCCACGGACAUAGAGGGGGGCGGCGUCGUGAAGAUCCCAGCGGCUCACGGAGACGAUGCGUGGAAGGUUUACUUUGAUGAGUUACAGCAGGAAAUCGUGGACGAGUUCGCCAUGCGCUAUGGCAUCGAGUCCAUAUACCAGGCCAUGACCCAUUUCUCUUGCCUGUCCUCUAAGUACAUGCUGUCAGGGGUUCCGGCAGUGAUGAGCACACUACUGGCCAACAUAAACGCCUUCUACGCCCACCCAACAGCCUCCACCAACGUCUCCGCUCCGGCUAGGUUUGCAGCCUCCAACUUCGGGAGAGAUCGUUUUGUGAAGCUCCUGGAUCAGCUGCACAACUCCCUGCGUAUCGACCUCUCCAUGUACAGAAACAACUUCCCAGCCAGCAGCAAGCCUCGCCUGCAUGACCUCAAGUCAACAGUGGAUCUCCUCACCAGCAUCACCUUCUUCAGGAUGAAGGUCUUGGAGCUGCCGAGUCCUCCGAGGGCCGCCAACGUUGUCCGGGACUGUGUGAAGGCCUGCCUGAACUCCACCUACGAGUACAUUUUCAACAACUGUCAGGAGCUCUUCAACCGCCAGUUCCAGCCCGCCGAGGAGAAGAAAGAGGAGAACCAGCAGGAGGAGCAGGGUCCGAGCAUUCAGAAUCUGGAAUUUUGGCCAAAACUCAUCACGCUCAUCGUCUCCAUCAUCGAGGAGGACAAGAACUCCUACACAACCAUCAUCAACCAGUUUCCUCAGGAACUGGACGUGGGUAAAGUCAGCGCUGAGGUCAUCUGGAGGCUGUUCUCUCAGGACAUGAAAUAUGCCCUGGAGGAACACGAGAAGCAUAGACUAUGUAAGACUGCUGACUACAUGAACCUACACUUCAAGGUCAAGUGGCUUUACAACGAGUAUGUUAAGGACCUGCCCGCCUUCACAGACACUGUGCCUGAGUACCCUGCGUGGUUCCUCCAGUUUGUCCUGGCCUGGCUGGCUGAGAACGAGGAGGUGUCGAUGGAGUUCAUGCACGGGGCGCUGGAGAGAGACAAGAGAGAAGGGUUCCAGCAGACGUCUGAGCAUGCUCUGUUCUCCUGCUCCGUGGUGGACAUCUUCACUCAGCUCAACCAGAGCUUUGAGAUCAUCAAGAAGCUGGACUGCCCUGACCCCGCUGUGGUGGCUCAUUACAACCGGCGCUUCGCCAAGACGAUCACCAAAGUGCUGCUGCAGUACUGUGCCGUGCUGGCCAAGAGCUUUCCCUCCUACUGUGAGAAGGAAAAGAUACCCUGUGUGCUGAUGAACAACAUCCAGCAGAUGAGGGUCCUGUUGGAGAAGAUGUUCGAGUCGAUGGGAGCAAAACAGCUGGAUACCGAGGCAGCCGACAUCCUUAAUGACCUGCAGGUGAAGCUAAACACCUUUCUGGACAACUUCAGCAUGGGAUUUGCCAAGAGCUUCCAGGCUCGUAUUAACGGCUGCAUGCGUCAGAUGGCUGAGCUCCUCUACCAGAUCAAAGGCCCCCCCAACCACAACACUGCAGAGGCAGACGCUGACAACAUGCUGAGGCCCCUCAUGGAGUUCCUGGAUGGGAAUCUCAGUAUCUUUGCUGACGUCUGUGAGAAGUCAGUGUUGAAGAGGAUCCUGAAGGAUCUGUGGAAGAUGGUGCUGAGCAGCCUGGAGAAGACCAUCGUCCUGCCGCAGAGCAACGACAGUCUGGGUGCCCAGCUCCUCACAGCAGCUAAAGGACUGUCCAGUCUCAAGGGAGGGGGUGAAACCAAAACCUUGACGCCCAAACAGUGUAUAAUCAUGGACGCAGGGCUGGAGACCAUCAAGCAAUACUUCCACGCAGGAGGAAACGGGCUGAAGAAGGCGUUCGUGGAGAAAAGUCCUGAACUAGCUUCACUGCGUUACGCCCUCUCCCUCUACUCCCAGAGCACCGACGCUCUCAUCAAGACCUUUGUCACCACACAGCACUCCCAAGUGCAUGAUGGGAUGGGCAUCAGGAUCACUGGAAAUGAGAAGAUCCGACCUGAUAGGGGCUCGGGGAUAGAGAAGCCCAUUGGAGAGGCCAUACUGCAGAUCGACAUGAUGCUCGGAAAAGAACGCAAAAUCAUUGUGAAAGUCAUCGCAGUGAAUGACAUGAAGUGGCAGACAUCAGGGAUGUUCCGGCCUUUCGUGGACGUCUCCAUGGUCGGUCCCUUCCUGGCCGACAAGAAGCGCAAAUUCACCACAAAGUCCAAGAACAACAGCUGGUCGGCGAAGUUCAACGAGGCUUUCCAGUUUGUCCUGGGUAAGGAGUCCCCGGACUGCUAUGAGCUCCAGAUGACGGUGAAGGACUACUGUUUCGGCCGGGUGGACCGGGUGGUGGGCAUGGCUGUGAUCCAGCUCCGGGACAUCGCUGACCGCAAGAGCUGCGUCUGCUGGUGUCCGAUCGGCCCGCGCGUCCAAACCGACGAAACGGGCCUGACGGUGAUGCGCAUCUUGUCCCAGCGGCCUGCGGACGAAGUGGCCAAAGAGUUCGUCAAGCUGAAAUCUGAAACUCGUCCUGUGGAGGAGGGCAGAUGAGCGGAGAUGCUGACUGAAGAACAAAGAAAUUGUGAAAAUGUGAAACUGACAUGGAGCAUGGUCAGGGUGUAGAGUCAGGGCUAUGUGGUUCUGUAUGUUGUUUAUGAGCACUUUUCAUAUAUCAUCUCAGCAAACACAGACCAUUAGAGCCUCUGACAUGGAGGAGAUCCUCAAAAGACAGAAGUAAGUCGACAAUUUGUCAUAGCUAUGGUAACAAGGAAAUGUAUUUAAUUCAAAGGGCACAUUUUGGGAAGGAGAUGCUUUCUCAAAAUGUUGAAAAAGAAGAACACAAUCAGCACCAAUCUUCUAAUCCUGAUGACGGACUAUUUUGUAUGCCUGUAGCAAAUUAAACCCGUCAUCUGUUGGUGAUCCGAGAUGCUUAUCCACAGCCUUUACCAAACAAAGUACAUUGUCUCCGUCUAUCUGACAGCAGGGGUGGACUAAGACAAAAAAACUCUGCUCUGGCAUUUUAGCCCAGACCUGCCUACCAUUUAUUUUUGAUAGGUUGUUAUGCCCUGAAGACGAAUGCAUAUCAGCUCAUAUUAAGCUUUAUGUCAAGAUUCACAUAAUCUUACAUAACAACAAUAUACCCUGGAAACGCAAUUACCAGUAACUAUGGUUACUAGAUGGAGACUUGAGGAGCCACUGGCUGAGUUUCUCUGAGCAGCAAUAUGCUUAAAGGGUUUGAAAAGUCCAGGGCUAUGUCCAAGGCGGCCCCUCUUGCAUUGUUUCUUCUCCAUUUUGGCCUGUUAUGCAGAUGUGCUGUUUUACUGAGUCCAAAGGGGGAAGGUACAAAUAUGUGAUUGGGUCAGCCCAGUGUCAAUUGGAUAAAAAACAAACAAUGGGCCGUCUUACCUGUUUUAUGGGGAUUCAGGGAGAAGAAAAAAAAAGAAGAUGGUUGUGUCGGCCAAAAUAGCAAGGCGACCAGCAGGAAAAUGUUCGCUAUUCCACAUGGCCAGUCAACCCCUGCCUAAAACUGCAUGGACCUGAGUCGUUACUUCUGAGAGCUCAUAAGGACUAAUGUUUAACGAUCAUAAAUCAUUUAUGACAUGAGAGGAAAGUGAGUUGGAGGAAGUAAUCCCAGAUUGGUGACUCCUGACAGUCGGACACUGCUUAAUCUGGUAGCCACUGUUUUCCCCCAAAAAAGUGAAAUUGAAUGAACAAAUGUCUGUGCUUAACAAUGGAGCUUAACAAUAGAGCCAAAUAAAACAGCAAAACAGGAUCGUGUUUUACUCGAUUUUGAUGAUAAAAUUAACUUUCACACACAGUGAAUGCAUCACAAGUCCUUAUUCAGGCAAAUUGGCACUUGUAGCAACACGUUUACGUUACAGAAAUAAAGAUAUUCAGGAUACGUCCAUCCAGAGAGUGCAUGUUAUUAAAUUGCAGCGUUUCUGGAGAGUUGAUGCGAAGCUUCGCUAGAAAAUACCCUCAGACAGUCAUAUUUUUCAUGUAGCUGAACCAGGAAGAAGUCUGUCAAGAUGCAUGUGAAAUAUUUUUACCAGAAGGAAAAUCUAAAACCUUGGUAAAAUCGAAGAAAUGAAAUACUGAGAUAAAAUCAUUUGAAAUACAUAGCCUUAAAAAAUGAAAUCCUGCAAGCUAUCGUAGCUAGCUCAGUGUACAUCGUGCUCAGACUUUAGUGACGGUGUGGAGGAUUUGAAUUGAGUGUUGCAGGUUGCAGAUUGCAACCAACUAAAUACCCUUUGGCUCAGCCCACUUUUGAACCAAACAUGAAUGGAUACAACAUUGACUUGUGAAGUUAAAAAACUAGAUUUUCUAUGAAAGCGAAGAACUAUAGUAGAGUUGUUUAAAAUAUUUGACAGACCUCUGAACUGUGGCCAGCUGAACAUAGUUCAGCUGAGAAGAAAUGCAGAGUCAUACGUUUUUAAUUUAGCUCUUCUCUGUUUUUGCCAUGUGUCAAACUGUGACUGUAGACUCUGUUUACCUGCAACCUGCUCUUAAUGUAAAAAGGGGUUAGAUAAUGUGAACACAUGUUAUGGAGGAACAGAAAUGGACCUCUAAGAAUGUAAUAUUAGUCUGUAUUUGCAAUUUUUAAUUGGAUGAGAACUCACAGUAAGUCGUACAGCCUUGCCAUGCAUGCACAUACUUUACCAAUCAUAUGUUUGUGGAUAUUUGAUUGGUGUUAUUGCAUUAAACACACUACAAACUUAGAUCUGGAUGAAAAAAACAUGCAGGCAGGUUGUUAAAUUGACUGAAGACUAACUAGGUUUGUUCCACACUCUUGUAUGUUUACUACGUGCCAAGGAACGCAAGUGUUCAGCCAUGUUCGGCAAGCUCUCAUCAAUAUUUUGUUUGCAGACAGAAGUGGCCAUUGUAGAUAUGCCAAUGCUUACUGCACGAUUGCCAAAAGUAGCUGCACUUUGCUCCAAACUCAAGAAGAUCUGUUUGGUCAUUCAGAUAAAUGAAAUGGAAAUUAGUUUUGUCACGGAUUCUGCCGUAUUAAACUGAACCAACAUAUUUAUGUGUAAGCUAUUGUUAUUUUACAAUGGCCACAGCUGUAGGGACAACUGAACUCUUGCACUAUGUUCAAAAACUAACUGUACAUUUGUAAAAAAAAAAAAAAAAGCCUACGACCAGAGCAUGUAUUUAUUGUAUACAAAGUCACCUAGAAUUGUGAUCUUUUUCCUGUAUGUACUGGGAAAUAUGAAGAAUGAUCAACUGUAUUUAAAGUAGUUAUCAUUAUUCUAAUGUGACAUUAUGUUGAAUAUACUUGUAACAAUAUUUUGUACAUAAAAUAUUUAUGAAUCAAU